GGCCCCCGAUUUCCCACCCACCACGCCCUUCGUCUGCUCUCAUUGGCUGCCCUGGCCAGGAUCCGGCCAUCCCUCAAUGGACCCGAGGGGCAUCUUGAAGGCAUUUCCCAAGCGGAAGAAAAUUCACGCCGAUCCAUCAUCAAAAGUACUUGCAAAGAUUCCCAAGCAAGAAGAUGGAGAAGCAGGAGAAUGGCUGAGCUCCCUGCGGGCCCAUGUUGUGCCCAGUGGCAUUGGGCGAGCCCGGGCAGAGCUCUUUGAGAAGCAGAUUAUCCAGCACGGUGGCCAGAUAUGCACUGCCCAGGCCCCAGGCGUCACUCACAUUGUGGUGGAUGAAGGCAUGGACUGUGAGCGAGCCCUCCGCCUCCUUCGACUGCCCCGGCUGCCCCAGGGCGCUCAGCUGGUGAAGUCCACAUGGCUAAGCCUGUGCCUGCAGGAGAGGAGGCUGGUGGACACGGCAGGAUUCAGCAUCUAUAUCCCUAACAGGUACCCGGACCAACCACACGUCAGCAAGGCAGACCAAGACUUUUCUGCUCCUCCUGGAGCCCAUGAGGCUCUGCUCAGGACAGCCCUCUCUCCUCCCUCUCCUCCCACGAGGCCUGUGUCUCCUCCCAAGAGGGCAGAAGAGGCCCUGAGCACCCAAGCCCAGCCUGGCUCUGAUGAUGAAACCAGUGAUGGGGAAGAGAACCAGGUUAGCGCAGCUGAUCUGGAAGCCCUUAUCAGUGGCCACUACCCCACACCCCUUGAGGGAGAUGAUGAACCAAGCCCAGCCCCUGAGGGCCUGGAUAAGUGGGUCUGUGCACAGCCUUCGAGCCAGAAGACAAUUAACCACAACCCCCACAUCACAGAGAAGCUGGAAGUGCUGGCCAAAGCCUACAAUGUUCAGGGAGACAAGUGGAGGGCCCUGGGCUAUGCCAAGGCCAUCAAUGCCCUCAAGAGCUUCCACAAGCCUGUCACCUCCUACCAGGAAGCCUUCAGUAUCCCCGGGAUUGGAAAGCGGAUGGCCGAGAAAAUCAUAGAGAUCCUGGAAAGCGGGCAUCUGCGGAAGCUGGACCAUAUCAGUGAGAGCGUGCCUGUCUUGGAGCUCUUCUCCAACAUCUGGGGAGCUGGAGCUAAGACUGCCCAGAUGUGGUACCAGCAGGGUUUCCGGACCCUAGAAGACAUCCGCAGCCAGGCCUCCCUGACUACCCAGCAGACCAUUGGCCUGAAGCAUUAUGAUGACUUUCUGGAACGCAUACCCAGGGAGGAGGCUGCAGAGAUUGAACAGACAGUCCGGGAAUCAGCUCAGGCCUUCACCCCUGGGCUGCUGUGUGUGGCAUGUGGUUCUUACCGACGCGGGAAGGCAACUUGUGGUGAUGUGGAUGUGCUGCUCACUCACCCGGAUGGCCGGUCUCACCAGGGCGUCUUCAAUCGCCUCCUUGACAGCCUUCGGCAGCAAGGGUUCCUGACGGAUGACCUGGUGAGCCAGGAGGAGAACGGCCAGCAGCAGAAGUACUUGGGUGUGUGCCAGCUCCCAGGGCCGGGGCGGCGGCACCGACGACUGGACAUCAUCGUUGUGCCCUACAGCGAGUUUGCCUGCGCCCUGCUCUACUUCACUGGCUCUGCCCACUUCAACCGCUCCAUGCGGGCUCUGGCCAAGACCAAGAGCAUGAGCUUGUCGGAGCAUGCCCUCAGCACCGCUGUGGUCCGGGACAGCCGAGGCCGCAAGGUGGGGCCUGGCCGAGUGCUGCCCACUCCCACUGAGAAGGAUGUCUUCAGGCUCUUAGGCCUACCCUACCGAGAGCCAGCCGAGCGGGACUGGUGACCCGUGGCUGGGGGGAAGGGGGACUGCCCCACCUGGCCAUCCAGUGCUUGUCUCUAGCCUUAGUGGGCUGAACCUCACUACUUCAACAGCCUGGGCCUGAGGGAAAGGGCCAGCCUGGCUCCCACGUUCUGUCCAGCCCUCUCCUCAACAAGAGCAGACUGCUGGCCUUCUGCCUCACCACUGUCUCUGGUGGAGUUCUGGACACGCCCCCCCCCCCCCCCCCCCCCCCCCGCCUCAUUUUAAGCAAGAACAGCUGCUGAUGUGAAGCCAGUUUCCUGUGCUGAAGGCCCAGACACCCCCACUUCCCUGCCCAAGGAGGGUCUCUCUGCUGGGGGCAAGAUGGGGGCUGCAGGGGAGGGGCAAGCAGCUGUAGCUGAGCAUCACCUAAGACCCUUUGGAGCAAGAGAACAAGCCGUUUCACAUGUCCUCCCUCCCCCUAGCCCGCUUCCUGUGCAGCUGGAGGUGUGGGGACGGGGUGACCAGGCUUGGGGAGGAUAGCAUUUGAAGGCCCAGGGGUCCAGUAAAGUGCACUUGACAUUCAGCCUG